ACCACUGCCGCUCCCCCUGCGGAGACUCCCGCUGCUCCCGCUGUAGCUGGAGCUGAGGCCCCCGCUGAGGGUCACGCUGAAGCUCCCGCAAAGGCCGCCGAUGAGAAGCCCAUCGAGGAAGCUGGCCCUUCUGCUCUGGAGACGCCUCUCACCAAGCUCAACGCUCGUCUUGAUGACAUUUUCAACAAGACCUCCUACAAGGAGAUGUGGGGUGUUCAGCUCUCCAACAUCGAUCACGUCCCCACCAAGGUUGUGCUCCAGAAGUUCCUGCGCGCCAACAAUGACGAUGCCGCUGCCGCCGAGAAGCAGCUCACCUCUGCCCUCGAGUGGCGCAAGAAGAUGAACCCUACUGCCCUCGUCACCAAGACCUUCAACAAGAACAAGUUUGACGACCUCGGAUUUGUCACCGUCCACAAGGGCGAGAGCGGCAAGGAGACCAUCAUCACCUGGAACAUCUACGGUGCUGUCAAGGACAACAAGGCCACCUUUGGCGACGUUCGGGAGUUCAUUCAGUGGCGAGCUGCCAUCAUGGAGCUCAGCGUUCAGAAGCUCAAGCUUGACCAGGUCACCGAGCCUAUCCCCGAGGGCGGCGAGGACCCCUACCAGAUGAUCCAGGUUCACGACUACCAGAACGUCAGCUUCUUCCGCAUGGACCCUGCCGUCAAGGCUGCCAGCAAGGAGACCAUCGCCGUCUUCUCCAUGGCCUACCCCGAACUGCUUGCCCACAAGUACUUUGUCAACGUUCCCGCCAUCAUGGGCUGGAUGUUUGGUGCUAUGAAGCUCUUCCUCGCUCCUGCCACCCUCCGCAAGUUCCACCCCAUGACUUCGGGCACCACUCUGGCUACUGAGCUUAAGGACAUUGUUUCCACCCUUCCCAAGGAGUAUGGUGGUCAGGGCCCCAGUGUCAAGGAAGGUCUUAAGAUUUCUCUUGCUGAUGAGGGCGAGGCUCCUGCC